AUGACCUCAAACGAAGCAGGCCUGUCACUCGGUGUCACCCGGGAAGACGUCAACUGGCGGAAAGAUUUGAUUUUGCAGUUACGCGAGAGAAACAGAUCGCAAACCAAUUGUUUUGCAGAUCUCAUUAGCCUACAUAAUAGAUUAUUUGAAAAUGCAAAUACAUUACGAAAUUCAAAUAUGCAAUUGACAAUUGCAAAUGAGACUCUUCGUCGCGAAGCAGCUAAUGGUGGUAUUGGCAUAGGAGGAAAUCCUGAUCUCGAAGCUAGACUCUUAAAACAAGCAGAGGAAUUAGCAAUGUUGCAUAAAAGGAAAGGAGAACACACACAACAAAUAGUAGAUCUUAAUAAUAAAUUACAGGGAAUGACAAAAGAACUUCAAACAAAGGAAGCUAGUCUUGCAGAAAGUUCGGAAGCUAAUACUAACUUACGUUUAGACAUAACUAAAUGCCUUGCUAGAGAGAAAGAUUUAGAAGGUGUUAAUCAGAUGCUCAAGGAUGAACACCAAGCCUUGCAACUUGCUUUUGCAUCUUUAGAAGAAAAGCUUAGAAAAACACAGGAAGAAAAUCGACAGCUGAUCGAGCGUUUAAUAAAAUAUAAAGCCAGAGAUGCAGAAAAGAUGAAUGAAGAAAAUGAUAACUUUUUAAGGAAGAGACAAGCAAAGAUGCAAAAGGAAUUAGAAGAUGCAGCACGAGACACGCGACCUGUUAGUCCGGAUCGUUUAAGCUUAAAAGAAGUUGCUGGUCUUCCGACAGCAGUGCCAACAAAAGUAUCCGUAACGUUUAGUGCUCAUGAGGGGGAAGUAUUCGCUGUUAAAUGGUCGCCUACUGAUAGAAUAUUGGCUACUGGUGGUACUGACAGGAAGGUGAAGCUUUGGAGUAUCAAUAAAGGUACAUCGGAAAAUAAGGGCAUUCUCGUUGGCAGUAACGCCGGUGUAAUGUCGGUGGACUUCGAUUCGACAGGCACUCUUAUUCUUGGAGCGUCCAAUGAUUAUGCGAGUCGCGUCUGGACCGUCAAUGAUCUUCGCUUAAAGAAUGACAUAUGCUCUUCUUUAUGA